AUGGCCUCAGUCAGAGAGAAAAGAAUCCAGAAAAUUCUUCAAAUUAAAGAUAGACUAACUUCCAAGAACAUCACCAAGAAGCAGAUCAUUGGUUUGUUUCGAGAAUUGGAUGAGAUCCCCAUAACCUACCAGUUAUUAAAGACUACUCUAAUUGGUAAAGCUGUAAAUAAAUUGAAAAAACAUGACGACCCAAUUGGUAAAGUAGCUUCAAGAAUUGUAGAUAAGUGGAAGAAGAUGGCUUCAGAAUCGAUCGCAACACCUUCCACACAAGUUGCAGCAAAUGUGACAUCCAAUAGUAAAAGUGAGCAGUUAAAGACAUCAAGAACGCCAGCAAAUGUAUUUGGUAAAGUACAAGGUUCUCAUUCUGAGCGCGAUAACCGAAGUAGUAAUCCUGAUCGAAGGUCAUCUGGGAUUCGACAUGUAAAAGUUGAUAUGCCUCCAAUUGUAAAUAUUUGUCCCCCAGUUCCUGCCAAAAAAGUCAAAAAAGCAGCCCCUAUUGAUAGUGGAAUGAAUCCUGCUACUGUUAAAAAGUAUGAAAUGACACCCGUAUUCUCUGGGAGAAAAUCUCACAAAUUACAAGUUCAAUCAUUGUUUGAUCUGUGUAUGGAUGUAUUAUGUGAAAAUAUUGACUAUAUUUAUGAACUUGGUCCUGCAGUAUCCUAUGAUAUAAUUGCUCCUGUAUUGUCACGGUGUUCUGCUAAGCAGCUAUCACACAUUGAACAAUAUAAUCCGCAUCUGAUUGAUGAAACUGACGAAUUAUGGAAAAUACAUUGUCAAAGAGAUUUCAAGGGAUGUGAAAUUUCAGGGCAUGAUAUCUGGAAGAAUUUAUAUAAGGCUAAAACCGAAGAACGGGAAGAUAAAUUUAAAAGAGUUACUGCCAAUAUAGCAGCUUCAAUGGCACACAAAAGACAGGGUAUGGAGAAAAAUAAGCCGACUGUUAUUUCUAUACCAAGAAAGCUUCAUCGAGGUGAAACUAAGCGACGACAUGUAAUUCCGUUCAAGGAAGGGAAAUCUGAACGACUCGUCAACUACGAUCUGGUCGAAUAUGAUUCUAUGCGAAAUUUCAAUUAUGUAGGAAUGAUGGUUAAUCUAGACCACUGCGUAAUAUCUUGCGCACCCAACUGA